GUGUGCGCGCGGCUGUAAACAAACUCCUGUGCCGUGCGGCGCUGCUUUGAUGUGUGUUCUGCACUGUUCUGCCCGCACAGCCGCUUUUAUAUGAAUGGGCAUUGUAGAGUAAGGUGUGUUGGGUUCUAGUACGGGUCUAGUAAAGGGAGAGGGUGUCGGUUAUGAAGGGAAUGUCCCCGGCGGUGAAGUGUGCGCUGCUCCCGGCCGUGUGAGCGGCGAUGGCGAUGGCCGCACCUGCAGAGCAGGAGCUCACCUUGACCGAACCGGACUCCGGGAAAGACAAAUCGCAGGCUUUCGGGAUCCUCCGGCUGCAGGAGGAGAGCAAAUCCGGCGGUGAGAAAAGCAGCAGCAGCAGCAGGACAGACGGGAGAUGGCAGGCGCCCAUAUUCGCUUUAGCUCGGAAAGCCUCGGAAACCCUUUCAAGCGGAAUUCACGUCCUGCCCAAAGUGUCCGAGUCUAAAGUGUGCUCGUUUUCAGAGGAAUGGAGCGUCAAGGCCUUCCGGGAUCCUAUGGCUAUGGAGAGGGCCAACUUGCUGAACAUGGCCAAGCUCAGCAUUAAAGGGCUGAUCGAGUCGGCGCUGAGCUUUGGUCGGACACUGGACUCGGAUUAUCCCCCGCUGCAGCAGUUCUUUGUGGUCAUGGAGCACUGUCUGAAGCACGGCCUUAAAGUGAAGAAGACAUUUCUUGGCUACAACAAGUCGCUGUGGGGGCCUCUGGAGAUGGUGGAGAAGCUCUGCCCAGAGGCAGGCGAGAUUGCAGCCAGUGUUCGAGAUUUACCCGGCCUCAAGACUCCACUGGGCCGAGCGAGGGCUUGGCUACGACUGGCGUUGAUGCAGAAGAGACUAGCAGACUACCUGCGUGUACUCAUCACCAGGAAAGACAUACUGAGUGAUUUCUAUGAAAGCUCCGCAGUCAUGCUGGAGGAGGAAGGAGCAGUCAUCGUUGGUCUCCUGGUGGGACUCAACGUCAUUGAUGCCAAUCUGUGUGUGAAGGGCGAGGACCUGGACACCCAAGUUGGGGUGAUUGAUUUCUCCAUGUACUUAAAAAACGACAUUGAUGACUACAGAAGUGAAGAACGAAAUGGUCAAAUUGCUGCAAUAUUGGACCAGAAGAACUACGUUGAAGAACUAAACAGGCAGCUCAAUUCCACCGUUCAAGGUCUGCAGGGGCGUGUGGACUCGUUAGAGAAAUCUAAUUCCAAGCUCAUUGAGGAGUUGGCAAUAGCAAAAAACAACAUCAUCAAACUACAAGAAGAGAACCACCAGCUAAGAAACGAGAAUUCAUUAAUCAUCAUGAAGGCUCAGCGCCGCCUUGAGGUUACACAGGGGGAUGUAAACUGUGAGCUGGACACCUAUAAACAGUCCAGGCAGGGCCUGGAUGAAAUGUACAACGAGGCACGGAGGCAGCUUAAGGAGGAGUGUCAGCUCCGGCAGGAUGUGGAGAAUGAACUGGUGGUACAGGUUAGCAUGAAGCAGGAGAUGGAACUGGCCAUGAAGCUCUUGGAGAAGGACAUCCAUGAGAAGCAGGACACUUUGAUUGGACUUCGGCAACAACUAGAUGAGGUGAAAGCCAUCAAUGUGGAAAUGUACCAGAAAAUGCAGCAGACAUCGGAUGAUGGCAUGAAGCAGAAGAACGACAUGAUUGCACGACUGGAGGAGAAAACCAGUCAGAUAACGGCUACGAUGAAGCAGCUAGAGCAAAGAUUGCAGGAAGCGGAGAGGGAGCGACUCGACACUGAGGACGGAGUGCGCAGAUUCAAGCAGGACUUUGCCAACAAAGCAGACAGCCUCCAAAAGCAGAUCGCCCAGAGAGAGAAGCAGAUGUUGCAGCUGGAAACGGACCUGAAAAUCGAAAGAGAGUGGAGACAAACUCUACAGAACGACCUGGAAAGAGAGCAAGAGACCACCACCCAACUGAAGGCUGAAGCGCAGCGUAUUAACGUGCUCAAAAAUGAGUUUCACAGAUUGCAGGAUGAGAACACACAGCUGAAGGGGAUUUGUGAAGAGCAAGAAAAGGCACUAGAAGAGCUGGGCUGCAAACUUAGCGAGUCAAAACUGAAAAUUGAGGACAUAAAGGAGGCCAAUAAAGCACUUCAGGGUGGGCAGGUAUGGCUUAAGGAUAAAGAUGCCACACACUGCAAACUUUGUGAGAAAGAGUUCUCCAUCUCCAGGAGAAAGCAUCACUGUAGGAACUGUGGAGAAAUCUUUUGCAAUGCUUGCUCAGAUAACGAGUUACCCCUCCCUGCUUCCCCGAAGCCUGUGCGAGUGUGUGAUACGUGCCAUGCUCUACUCCUCCAGCGCUGCUCCUCCAAUGCCACGUAAGAUGUACACCAGUGUGCGCUGCCCAAGCGGCUGACUUUGGCUUUAACUCGAGUGCCGUGAUUUCCUGCAGUGUGUCAAGCUAUAACACAAGUGACCAAAAUGGCUGUUUCCCAGUGUUUUGAAGUUUACAUAUCGCACAGCAGUUCUCCCUGCGGACAACGUGGAAGUGAGGUAGCUGUUGGUUAAGUGCCAGAUGAAGGACAUGGGUAUGGUGAACAUACUGGUUCAGGUCCUUGUAAAAAAAAAAAUUGUCAGUUGCCUUCAGCACUACAACUGAGCAGCACUAAAGUUACUAACACUCCCAAACAGAUGAAUGACAUUCCAGUCUCUGUUUGAAUGAACGCAGGGUGAAUAGUACAUUCUUUGUAUAGUGUUAAUAAUGAAAAGCUGUAUUAUGGAAAUAUGGUGGGGAUUUUAUUUAAGUUUAUUUUGUAUUAAAAUGAAAGUGUGCCUCUCAAAUGGGCCUUUCCCCCCCCCCCUUUCUCAAUAAGGCACUAAUGGUUUCAAUGCUGCUCAAGAUUGAUUGGGACGGAUCCAUGAAAUAGCACUCGCGACGUCCUGAACAAAGUAUUAUUCCACACUAUAGUACAUUACAGGCUGUACUUAGAUGCCAAGACACGUUUCAUAAAAUGCAGAUAUAGACUGCUACUUGCCUUGAAUGUUUAUUAUUGUUCAUCGUAAUGAGUUUAAAUGUAGACUGUUAUGGAAACAGUUGUCAAAAUGAUAUUUUCAAGUAUCAAGUUGUAUGGAACUGCAUACAUUUCUUUCAUCACUAAAGUAUAUACUUACAGUUUCUGUGCUCAUUCCUAUUAUUUUUUAUAUUUAGUUAAAAUUAGAUACCUAAAACAUAGCAGUAGUAUUUUAUGCAUGAUUUAUUUAAGAUAUUUGACUGUAUUUGCAAGUUUAUCAUUCAGAAUUUUGAGAUUUAAUACUAGUUAGUAUGUAAAAUAUGUUUACAGCAAAUGUGAAGUUGCCUACUGCAUGCAUUUAUUUUUAAAUCAUUGCUACAGUGCAGGAUCUGCCUAAAUACCCAGAAUAUCCCUUUAAAUACACUAAUACAUUUUAUUUAUAUAUAAUUUUUUUGAGUACCCGUCAAAAGUUUGGAGACACCUACUCAUUCAUAGGUUUUUCUGUAUUUUGACUCUCUUCUAUAUUGUAGAACAAUACUGAAGGCAUCAAAACUAUGAAAUAACAUCUGGAACAUGUACAGAAUUAUAUGGUUAACAAAACAGUGUUCAAAAAGGGUUUCAUAUUUUAGAUUCUUCAAAGUAUCCAGUGUUUACCUCGAUGCUUUGCACACUAUUGGCAUUAUCUUAACCAGCUUCAUGAGGUGGUCACCUGGAAUGCUUUUCAAUUAACAGAUGUGCCUUGUCAAAAGUUAAUUAGUACAAUUUCUUGCCUUAAUAUUUGAGAUCAAACACUAAAAAAUAAAUAGCCUUAUUCUA